UCACUGGACCAUCACUUGUGAAUUUCUGCUUUCCAGAGCUCUUAUUCCUGCAGAGAACGAGUUUGAGCCUCAUGGAAGAUAUGCCUUUAAGCCAUUCAGGUCCUCAAGGGACACGCAGAUCAUCCUGGAAGCAAUGGUGCCUCUACUCAGUAAUAGCUCUUUUGCUGUUGCUUUUCUCCUUCAGUACACUAAUUCUCACUUUUCUUCCACUCAAGACUGCCAGUGAACCCUGCAUAGCUAAGUUCGGACCAUCCCCUUUAAAAUGGCAAAUGACAUGUCCUAAGCUUCCUUGUGUGAAUAAGACAGCGAAUGAGAAACUGGAAAUACUUCAGAAUGGCUUGUAUCUCAUUUAUGGCCAAGUGACUCCCAACACAACCUACAAGGAACCAGCUCCUUUUGCGGUGCGGCUACGUAAAAAUGAAGACAUCAUACAAGCUCUAACAAACAACUCUAAAAUUCAAAAUGUAGGAGGGACUUACGAAUUGCGUGCUGGGGAUAUUCUAGAACUAAUAUACAACUCUGACCAUCAGGUACUAAAAAACCACACAUACUGGGGGAUCGUGCUGCUGGCAAAUCCGCAGUAUAACCCCUAGAGACGCUUUUUGGCCUCCGCGCCAUCUUUCCCACGUGGAGAGAUGCUGGUGAUUGCGUUGGAGGAGGCAGACUUUCCACACCCGCAGCUUGUCUGAGCAUACAAAUCAACACACAUAGAACCUCUCUGCAUGUGAGUUUUCAUCUCUCAAGCUUAUCCAAAAAAGACUCAGAGGACAGGCCAGAGACAUUUGUUUACCUUCGACUUUGGGUCAGCAAAGAUGCUUUAUCAAUCCACGAGAAAUGACUGUGGGUCACUCGAGGACAGAAGGUUCUCAAAGAGUCUGUGUCUAAUUCUUAAAUCCUUGGAUGGGAAAAAUGUCUUAUUGCCCUGGGAGCCUUACCUGGUGUGCAAAAAAAAGAUCCAGGGUGGUGGCCUGGCCUUGUUCUCAUAUUCUUGGGCUGUUUCACUUUAUUCUUCCCAUACUCCUGUCUUUCGAGGCCCUCCUAAUAAAAGUAACCAGACUGGGAGGGUGGCCACAGAUAUGCCAACAACACCCCACUUUAGAUGUGAUGAUGUUAAGAAGACAGAGAAUACUCUAGAGAUUUAUUGGGGCGCAGCCACAGCGGGCAUAGAAUGGAGUGCACUUUAAUUGGGAAUUUCCCUUGAUUUCAUCACGUUUGGGAUGUAGAAGGCUUUAUAAAACAAGCUGGUCAAAGCCUCCUUCUGAACCUUGACACAGGGCUCAUGAGAAGGUGUUGAUGUGUCUACAUGUCAGUAGUAAAGAAAGAGUAAUCAUUAGUAAUCCUAAAAUUAAACCCUAGAAAUUUGUAUCAUCAGUAAUGUAUUAUGUCAUGUAAUAAUUUCGUAUUUUUAGCUGGCUCGCCACAGUUGGCAAAGUGCUUUCAUGUAUCACGGGGCGACUCUAUGAAGCAAAUGAGGCAGGUUUUUGGCACAAUUUUAACAGUGAAAAUAUGAAUGCAUCUGGAACAUAAGUAACUUGCCUCAACCCAUAGAAGUAGUGAUUGAUAGGGCCAUGGUCUUCCCCAAUGUGUCAUAAUAUCUCAGCUUUAGGGUUAGUAUUUCAGCUAUGAAGUUAAGUCUAAAGAGCUUAGCAGAUUAUCAGCCGCACUCCCUUUCAGCUCAAGGUGGGUAGAAUAAAGCUACAACGAACUUUCCUUUCUUAGCAAACUAUUUUUCAUUUCCCUGUUUGAAGCAGGGCACAUGAGGUUGUUGCUCAGCGCUUACUCCAACCAAAUCCCCGUCCUCACUUCAAAGAGCUGAUCUUGGUCAAACAUGUUAACUUCCAAAAAUAAUGACUAACCUUCAAUUCAAUGAUAGCUUGCUAAAGAUUUUAGACUCUGUUAAAUUAAUUAGUUGUCUGUGGAUUCUUGUUGAAAGCUAUGUAAUAUGAUGACGUGAUAGCCCAUUUAAAAUAUUUAUGGAUAUCUGUAAAAAACUAUAUUAUGUUAAUUAAUAGUGUUACAUAUAAAGUUAAUUUAAAAAUA